AUGGGAAAGGGUACCAUGAUGAAAAAUAAAUCCCAUCACUCUUUGCUAUCCAAUAACAUGAACCCAUCUAGCAUUAAAGGCAUCGAAAGCUUUGGUCUUUUGUCCCCAAGUGAGACGACAAAAGAACAAAGUCGUCCAAGAAUGUCAUUGAAAAAUAGUAUUUUACUUUUGAUUCCCAAUAUAAGAUUUGCAUAUAAGGCAGCCAACACAACUCACCUCUUACAGUCGCCAAAACUCCGGCGGAAUAGAACCGUAUCAAUCGACGGCGAGAUAGCCACAAGGACCAAUCGAGUGUACCUUGAAUCCAGCUUGAAACACCGAGCCCAUCAGUCCGACCACGGCGACCCGACCUCACCCCCUCUCCAGCCACUGUCUUCCGUUCAGCCCACUCUCGUCGAAGCUCCCGAAGGAAGGGCGCAGAAAGGGGAUCUGCAAACCCUAGGCGCAUCUUUCGGCUGA